AUGGUGACCGCCACGCUGCAAGAUGGCCAAGCUGGGCUGCCAACUCCGCACAGCACAAUGGCAUACUGGCUGCAGAAUCCCUCGUAUGUUCUCUUGGGUCGCCGGUCGACUCCAGAACUCCCGCCUACGGCAGAUGUCAUUGUCAUUGGCAGCGGAAUCACUGGGGCGUUUGCCGCUAGAGAGCUGGUUGCCAAGGGGAGAUCGGUCUUGAUGCUGGAGGCGAGGGAGGCGUGUUGGGGGGCGACGGGGAGGAACGGAGGGCACUGUCAGCCAAUGAUUUAUGGCAGCAAGCCGCACAUUGCGCACUUCGAGCUCGAAACGUAUCACUUUCUAGAAAACCUCGUUGAGCAGUACGGCAUUCCGUGUGAUUGGAAGCGCGUUGGCGGCGUGCAUGCGUUGCCUACAGAUGAACUGGUCGAUCUCACAGCAAAGAUCAUUGCGAACCUCAACGCCUUCCACCCUCAGCUAAAGGACUGCGCGAAGCUCUUUACAGAUCCCGAGAGCAUUGCCAAGUUUCGGGUACAGCCGGAAGGUGCUCGCGGCGUGGUGCAUCAGCCCUGGGCGGCGAAGCUAUGGCCGUAUAAACUUGUGACGUGGAUCUUGGAGGCGCUGUUUACGAAUCAGCCGCCCGAGGUGUUUAACCUGCAGACGACCACGCCGGUGACACACUUGCAGCAGACGGAGGGCUCCAGCAGGUGGAUUGUUCACACAACGAGAGGGCAGGUGGCUGCCAAUGACGUGCUUCUUGCUACGAAUGCUUAUACGUCCCAUUUACUGCCUGAGAUGAGCCAGUUGGUUGUGCCGGUUAGGGGUCAAGUUGCUGCUUUGGAGCCGCCGGAUGGGGAUGUGGCGUUGGAGCACAGUCAUGUUUGGUUGUCGGAGAAGAGCGACAAUUACUUGGUUCAGAGGAACGAUGCGCUGGAGAUGAUUGUGGUGGGUGGUGAGAGGACGAAUGUGCCUGGAGGAGGAGAGGGCAUAUGGUGGGAUGACAGCAUUGACGAGGAGUUGGCUGAGCGAUUGCGGCGAUGCCUUCGUCCAGCGCUGAAGCUGCGACCCAGUGGCGAAGAGGAAGAGGAAGAGUUAAGGGCGCGGUAUCAAUGGACUGGGAUAAUGGGCUACACGACAGAUGGCUACCCCUUUGUAGGCAAAGUGCCCGAAGAGCUCGGCGGCGGAAACGGAGGAUUGUGGCUCUGUGCAGGGUAUAACGGCCACGGGAUGCCGGUGGCGGCGAGAUGUGCGGUGGCGAUCUCGGAGCAGAUACUGGGACGGGGGGAGGACGAAAGGACGGUGAAUUUGCCGGAGGAGUUUGUGCUGACUGCGGAGAGGGCGGCGAGGGUGAGGGGAGGGGAGUUGCCGAAGAGUAUUUUGGAGGGGUUUACGAUGGUGAUGAGGGAGAUGGUGAAGGAGAGUAUGAAUUGA